UAAGUCUGCUCAUGGGAAAUAUAACCCGGAGGGGAAGCCGCAGCCCGGGGGCGGACGGUGACCUGCGCCCCCAGGACCGCCUCCUCACCACCGAGCUGCACUUCCAACUCUACAAAGCCAUCCUCCAAGAAGACUGCGCCUCCAUCAAGGCGCUCCUCAGAAUCCACCCCGUGAACCAGCCCAUAACCAUCCUGGCCAACAACCGCAGCUACCGAUUACUGCUCAUCGAGACCCAGACGGUGGUCCCCAUUCACCUGGCGGCAGGCUACCGCAAGGCGCAGAGCUUGCUGUGUCUGCUGGAGCACGGCGCUGACCUGGAAGCCAGGGACAUCAGAGGCCACACCACACUGCACUUGAUGCUACUGCACUGGCCGAUCGCUCCCAGCGUGUGGACCAAACCAGACGUCAGGAUCCAAAAGAUCCACAGAAGCGUUCAGAGUAACGCCAUCAGGUGCCUGCGCAUCUUGUGUGAACACGGAGCUCAGGUGAACACAUACGUGGACAACAGCACCAAGUCCUCACCCCUCCACCUGGCCAUCAAACACAGGUCCCAGCCCCUGCUCUCCCUGCUGGUCCAGAACGGUGCCCUGAUCGACGCUGUUAACAAAUCCCACAUGACAGCCCUUCACAUGGCUGCGGAAGCCCUCAACGCCGACAUGAUGGAGGCACUCAUCGCCUGCGGGGCCAACGUCAACUGCGCCGUCUCCUCCACGGGGAACACAGCCCUGAAGCUGGCGGUGUGCACAGCAUCAGGCAAGGCAGGCCAGCUGCUGGCCGUGGGGGUGAGCUGCAUCCGCCUGCUGCUGACACACGGAGCCGAAGUCAACGCGCAGGACCACCGAGGACAGACGUCCCUCCACGAGGCGUGCUUCGGAGGCAGGGAGGCCGUCAUAAACCUCCUGCUUAAGUUUGAAGCCGAUGCCAACAUCCUAACCAAGAACGGGGAAUCUCCCAUUCACAUGUACCUUCAACGCAGCUCCAAUAUCCGAGACGUGGCCCUUCUGGCCAGGCUACUCAGGCACACCUACCCGCUGAGACUGACCAACAACCAAGGGGUCCUCCCUGCAGGAAUCAUGACACCCCAAUUCCACUUCCUAAGGAAAACGCUAGUCAAGCUAUCCCACAGGCCGCUGCCCCUAGAGGAGAUCUGUAUAAGGAACAUCAGGAACAGGUACGGCGAGAAGCACAAGCAAUACCUGAAGCAGCUGCUCCCGGAGCAGCUCUGGAGCUCCAUGUACCUACGCUCCUCGGACCUGGCUCACCUCCUCAGGUGA